GGCUAGGGGUUGGGCGGUGGUCGAGACUGCUGCGGUGCCCGGAGUGGUUGGCGAGGGUCUGGAGGUGACCCUGAACUCUGGAGCGAGUGCGGUGCUCCUGAGACCGCGGCAAGGGCGUCCCGCGGAGCCGGGAGCGGGGCCGAGGCGCUGAGACGCGGCGGCGCGGCUGCCGGCUGGAUGGGAAGUUAAUGUUUACGGCGAAGUCCACCCAACGUUUCCAAGGUGGCGACAGACAAGGUUGCAGAAAAGCUGAGUUCUACUCUCUCAUGGGUGAAGAACACAGUCUCGCAUACAGUCAGUCAGAUGGCCAGUCAGGUGGCAAGUCCAUCUGCUUCAUUACACACUACGUCCUCGUCUACCACACUGUCAACACCAGCCCUGUCACCAUCUUCCCCAUCACAGUUGAGUCCAGAUGACUUAGAACUCCUGGCUAAGCUGGAGGAACAAAAUAGAUUGUUAGAGACGGACAGUAAAUCUUUAAGAUCUGUCAAUGGGUCAAGAAGAAACAGUGGCUCCUCUCUUGUAUCAAGUUCAUCUGCCUCUAGCAACCUCAGCCACCUUGAAGAAGAUUCUUGGAUUCUUUGGGGAAGAAUUGUUAAUGAAUGGGAAGAUGUGCGCAAAAAGAAGGAAAAGCAAGUUAAGGAACUUGUUCGUAAAGGGAUACCCCACCACUUUAGAGCAAUAGUUUGGCAACUUUUAUGCAGCGCGCAAAGCAUGCCAAUUAAGGAUCAAUAUUCAGAACUCCUGAAAAUGACCUCACCUUGUGAAAAAUUAAUCCGAAGGGACAUUGCUAGAACUUAUCCUGAACACAAUUUUUUUAAGGAAAAAGAUAGCCUUGGGCAGGAGGUUUUAUUUAAUGUAAUGAAGGCAUAUUCUUUAGUGGAUCGUGAGGUUGGUUACUGUCAAGGAAGUGCUUUUAUAGUUGGAUUAUUGCUUAUGCAGAUGCCAGAGGAAGAAGCUUUUUGUGUAUUUGUUAAAUUAAUGCAAGAUUAUAGACUUCGUGAACUUUUUAAACCAAGUAUGGCAGAAUUGGGUCUUUGUAUGUACCAGUUUGAAUGCAUGAUUCAGAAAAACUUGGCCUUAUUCCAUUUGUUUUCUCAGGGCUUAGAAAUUGUGUUUCGAGUAGGAUUAGCACUUCUUCAGAUGAAUCAGGCAGAAUUAAUGCAGCUUGACAUGGAAGGGAUGUUACAGCACUUUCAGAAGGUCAUUCCACAUCAGUUUGAUGGAAGUCCAGACAAAUUAAUCCAAGCAGCUUACCAAGUCAAAUACAACUCAAAAAAAAUGAAAAAGCUUGAAAAGGAAUAUACUACAAUAAAAACUAAAGAAAUGGAAGAGCAAGUUGAAAUUAAAAGGUUACGCACAGAGAACAGACUUUUGAAACAGCGUAUCGAAACACUAGAAAAAGAAAGUGCUUCCUUGGCAGAUAGAUUGAUACAGGGACAAGUGACAAGAGCCCAGGAGGCUGAGGAAAACUACCUCAUAAAACGGGAGUUGGCCACCAUCAAACAGCAGAGUGAUGAGGCCAGCGCUAAGCUGGAGCGGGCUGAAAAUACCAUCAGGAAGCUCCAGUGCCAACAACAAUGGCAUAAAUGCAGUUCCAACUACAAUGAGGAUUUUGUGCUGCAGCUAGAGAAGGAGUUGGUCCAAGCCCGACUGAGUGAAGCCGAGUCUCAGUGUGCUCUAAAGGAGAUGCAGGAUAAAGUUCUGGAUAUAGAGAAGAGGAACAACUCCCUUCCUGAUGAGAAUAACAUUGCAAGUCUUCAGGAAGAACUCAUUGCUGUUAAACUGAGAGAAGCAGAGGCGAUUAUGGGUUUGAAAGAACUCAGACAGCAAGUCAGAGACUUGGAGGAGCACUGGCAACGCCACUUAUCUCGUACUACUGGGAGGUGGAAAGAGCCACCUAAGAAAAAUGCUGUGAAUGAACUGCAAGAUGAACUGAUGACCAUUCGACUUAGAGAAGCUGAAACGCAAGCAGAAAUAAGAGAAAUAAAACAAAGGAUGAUGGAAAUGGAAACACAGAACCAAAUCAAUAGUAACCAUCUUCGAAGAGCAGAACAAGAAGUGAUCAGCCUACAGGAGAAGGUACAGUAUCUUUCUGCACAGAACAAAGGACUACUUACACAAUUGAGUGAAGCAAAGCGCAAACAAGCAGAGAUCGAAUGUAAGAACAAGGAAGAAGUGAUGGCGGUGAGACUGCGGGAAGCAGAUAGCAUAGCUGCUGUGGCUGAACUGCAGCAGCACAUUGCUGAGCUUGAAAUCCAGAAAGAAGAAGGAAAGCUUCAAGGACAGCUUAACAAGUCUGAUUCUAACCAGUAUAUUAGGGAACUGAAAGAUCAGAUAGCAGAGCUGAAUCAUGAGCUCAGGUGCCUAAAAGGCCAGAGGGGCUUCUCAGGCCAACCUCCUUUUGAUGGAAUCCACAUUGUCAACCAUUUGAUAGGAGAUGAUGAAUCAUUCCAUUCCUCUGAUGAAGAUUUUAUAGAUAAUUCCUUACAGGAAAGUGGCAUUGGUUUUCCUUUGCACAGAAAAUCUGGCCCAAUGUCUUUGAACCCUGCUGUGGCAGAUGAUAGUGAGAGUGAAACAGAAGACAGUGUCCUGGAGACCAGAGAGCGCGAUGGAGUGGACCAAAAAGAGCGGCCCCCGAGAAGAAGAGAGUCCUACUCAACCACUGUCUGACCAUCACUGUGACCUAGACUGCGGAUUUCUUUAAGGGAUCAGUUCUAUGAUUAGGGAUUUGGGAACUUAAUCUGUUUCAUAUGUACAUAGAUAUUUUAUAAUCUUACCUGACUUUUAAUCUUUGCCAAAUCUUUACCACUGACUUAACCAUUGCCAUAAAGUAGACUGGAAUGUGGUUAAUGGGUAAAAUAAGAUCCUAACAGUAUUAUUGAAUAUUAGUGUUGCUUGUUUAAAAACGCAGCUAUCUAUGUGGGAACCAUUUUGAAGUUCAAAACUAUGGAAAAUUAUUUUCUUCAGACAAAACUGCUCUUGUGCAAUAUUUUAUGCUCUGUGAACAAAUUGUAUAUUUAUGUUUAUCAAUUUGCUUUCAAGGUGGCUGUCUGCAGACAUAUGACCAAGACAUACAUCUUAUUUACCUUCUGUUUUAUGUUUGGGGUAUUUUUUUUUCCAUGAAAAUUAUUGUUUUAUGAGUGGGCCACUGAAAGUUCCCAAACACAAAACCUUUUUUCUGUAUAAAUUCGUAAACAAAAAUUAAUGGUUGUCUGUUUUGAGAGUUUUAAGUUUUCUUUUAAUUUUUAUGUGCAUAUGAUGCUUCCAUGUGUUAGUUACUAGUCACAGUAGAUUAACUACAAAUACAUUGUUCAUUUGUUGUAUAUAUUUAUGAAUCUGCACACCAGCCCCAAUAACAUUUUAUAUGAUGACCAUACAUGUUGCAGAGUGACUGCUUUCAGCAUUCUAGCAAGACUUCUGUAAAUAGUAGGCUAAAAGUAAAUUGAAAAGUUAAAAAUAAAACCAAACACUAAUAUUUUAAGAGCUUUAGCAUUUUGCUUAGCAUUCAACACUAACAGAUUCAUAACUGAUGCCUGUUCAAAAACACUAUUGGUAAAAUCUUUUACUUCCUAUGUAUGUGAUGAAUUUUUCAUGGUUAAACAGGUUAUAGCACAUACUACUUAGUGUUUUUAUUUUACGUAAUGUAAUUUAAGUAAUGGGCUAAGCUCCAAGAUGCACAGCAGUUAUAUCUACAAAUCUAUGAACAUCUUCAGAUUCUCUAGUUUUUAAUCUAUAGAUAAAGCCAUAAAAGUCUUUUCUUACCAGUUUUUCCUUUUUUUAUAGUUCAGACUUUUUUCCCCUAGAAAAUGGAAUACUGUCAUUGCCUGUCAUAAAUUGGAAGAAACACCCAACUUACAUUAUAUUAUGGUGACAGGAAUGUGUUGACUGGGCACUUUCCACUCUCAUUUUUGUUAGUAGACUAUGAAAAAUAGAGCCUCGGGGAAAAGAGAAAAGUAGAACUUCGUAUGUGCCUCACUUUGCACAGUUGUUCAUGCCGGAAAAGAAGUUACAGGAUGAAAUGGAGUAGCAGAGACAAAAGUUGUUGGCUUUCUAAAACCAGGAGGUAAGCCUCCAGCAAGGCCUUUGUAGCUGUUUGCCUGAGAAAUGAGAUCAAAAACAUGCCUUCUGUGUCUGUCCGUAGCACCAGGCCAGAUUCUAGUGCUUAAGUAAAUUACUAGUGGUCCCAAGCCAGUAAGUACCAGGGACAAGAUUUUUAAUCCAGAUCUCUGUAACACCAAAGGUUUUGAAAGGUUCAGCUAGUGAAUGAAUUUCUCAGUUUUCUAACAAUGUGAUUUAAAUGAAUUUGAUUUAAAUGUGUUUCCUGAAUAUAAUGACAGAUAGAGAUAUGUGAAUAUCAGCACUCAUAAGCUCUACAUUGUUCAUGAAUGUAGUCCCUACUGUUAGAAUUGUCUGGUGCUUUGGGGAUUCUCUUUUGGGGUUCUUUACUGUCAGCCUAAUGGCUGUCAGUGCUUAAGUGCAGGGAGAUGAUUCGUGGUCAUAUUCUUGCUUUGACACCCUCCCCCCCAUGUCUAGAAAUCUGAAGGAUCUGAACCAAAGGUCAACCAAGUGCAGCCCAUGAGAUAAUUCCAGUCAGCUGCCUGUUUUUACUUUUUUAAAAAUGGGAAAAAAUUAAAAAAUAUUUUGUGUCACAUGAAAGUUAUAUGAAAUUCAAAUUUCAGUAUUCAUAAAUAAAGUUGUAUGGGCACACGCCCAUCCUUACCUGUUUACAUAUUGUCUGUGGCUGCUUUUGUGCUACAGUGGCAGAGUGGAUAGUUUUACCAGACUAUUUGGCCCAGAUAGUCUAAAGUAUUUACUGUUGGGCCCUUUACAGAAAAGGUUUGCUAACUCUUGAUCCAGACACACUAAAAUUGAGUUUACUUCUUCAGUUUGGCUCAAUAGAACAAACCAUAUGAUUUUACUGUUGAGCUAAUGAUUUGGAAAUGUAAAAUUGCAUGGAUAUUAUGCUCAGAACUAUUCAAAAUGGAAAGUGUGUCAGAUGUUUUAUACGGUGAAGUCGUUGGUCCGUAGAAACUUUUGGAAGAAUACCUAUAUCUUUGGACAGAGAGAGAGGGAAAGAAAGGAAAGAAUUCCAGAAUCUUAGCAUUGUUCUUUAAAGCAGGUAGCAUUGACCUUCAAGGUAAGCAUCAUUGAGUAAAUGCUAUAAUUUGACUUUAAAAUAAUAACAGUUUUCUAGAAUCUGUUUGAAUUCUAAACUUUGAAAGAUAUUCUUAGGAAAUUUCCUAUGUACCAUUUUUGGUUAGGAGUUAGAUGAUAAAAGAAUAGUGGUCUAGAUUUCUUAACCAGUAGAAUAUACAAAAGAGGAAUCAUGGUAAAUGAACCUUACUCUCUUGAUAUUCUUGAUCUUCUUUGGACAGUGAAAAACUAGAAACAUCACUCUUCUCAUUCAAGAUCUUUGAUUCAGCCGGGCACAGUGACUUACACCUGUAAUCCUAGCAUUCUGUAGGCCAAGGUAGG